GCCUUCGGCGCGAAGGUGGCUGCUGCGUACCGUCCUGAACCCCAGGAGCCGAGGUGAGCGCCGCGAAGACCCCCGACAUUAAGAAGUGGUGUCCACCGCAGCCCCGCUAAGCCGGAUACCCUCCCCCACCCCGAGGAGCAACCCUGCCUUCCGCCACGCGCCGCCCGUCUUCCGCGCCCGCGCAGAACCUCGCGGCUGUGCCCGCCUAAAGCCACGCCCAUCCUCGCUGGGCCACGCCCUCAGAGACUCCUCCCCUGUCGCCCAGAUCCCACCCGCAGGACCCCAAAACCCAAUGAUCCUUCAGCAGCCCUUGGAGCGAGGCCCCCAGGGUGGGGCCCAGCGCCUCCCGCGGGCCGCCUUGGGGGUGAUUCGGGGCCUGGACGCCAGCUCCCCUCUCCGAGGAGCUGUGCCCAUGAGCACCAAGCGGCGCCUGGAGGAGGAGCAGGAGCCUUUGCGCAAGCAGUUUCUAUCUGAGGAGAACAUGGCCAGCCACUUCUCUCAACUCAGCCUGCACAAUGACCACCCCUACUGCAGUCCCCCCAUGGCCUUCCCCCAAGCCCUGCCCCCACUCAGAAGCCCUUGCUCUGAGCUGCUUCUCUGGCGCUACCCUGGCAGCCUCAUCCCCGAGGCCCUCCGUCUGCUGAGACUGGGGGACACCCCCAGUCCCCCCUACCCUGCAACCCCAGCUGGGGACAUAACGGAGCUCUGAGUGCUGGUGGACAGUGCCCCUCCCACCUUCCUUCUUCCCCACAACAGAAGAGACCAGCGACUCCUGCAAAGGGACAAGGUUCCUCCCUCUCCCGCAGACCAGGCAUCUGGGCACCAAGACCUUCCCUCAACUGAGGACACUGAGCCCAGGGGAGCUCUGGGAUGGGAGGGGUGGGAGCAUGGGAAGGGAGGCAUCCCACCCCCAAGAAGAACUGAAUAAAGAUUGCUGAGCAAAGGAAGGCUU